AUGGUGACGAUCUGUACCUACAAUGCACGUACACUUGCAUCCGAGUCGUCGAUAAAAGACUUGCUCAUGCAAGCAAGAAGGAUAAGGUACGACGUCAUCGGCCCGGCCGAGACAAGAAGACGCCAGCCUUUCAACGCUGUCUAUGACACCGGAGAAGAACUGUUACUCGAAACAUGCGACAGUAGAGGAGUCGGCAGCAUCGGCGUUCUCGUCAACACGAGUUUGUCCAUGAACAUCGAUUCAUUCGAACAACUUAUAACCCGAAUCGGACCUUUACGAUUAAAAAGACGUGGGUUAAUUCCGGCUUUGACAAUCCUCGUCGGUUACGCGCCGACAUCAAACUAUGACGAAGAAGAAGUCGAACCGUUCUAUAUGGACUUGGAGAAGUUCUACAGAGAAGACCACACCUUCUCCAAGGUCUUCAUUCGAGAUUUCGACGCCAAAAUUAGACCAAAAAGAAUGCCACAUUGA